GGGCCCCUGUCGGGCCCUCCCGACGGAGAGGAAGGGAAAGGGAACAGCACAACGCCUUUGGGCUGCAGGGAGGAGCAGCAGCUGCGUCGAGCUGCCUGUCUGUGGUGAGGAGGUUACUUCUCAGGACAUUUUGGAUGAGUUGUGAAUAAAAAAAACCUCUUGCGAACAGAUGAGUGCCACAUCAGCCACGAGCUGUGCCUUGCCACCGGCGCCUGGGUCUGAGCAAGAGGAGCAAGAGAGCUCGGAGACACAUAUGUCUGUUCUGUGGUACGCAGGGCAGCUGGCAAUUACUUACUAUGAUACAGAAGAUUGCUCAGUGUACUUCAUGCCUGACAUACCUGACAAUGAAGAUCUCAAGCUACUGCAAAAAGUGAUUGGGGAACUUAACCCUCAAUGCAUAGUGACCAGUGCAAAACAGGACGAGAAUAUUGCCAAAUUCCUGACCAACCUAACAGCUACUGCUGGUGAUAAAGACAUAGGAAAACCAGAAAUUGUCCUGUUUCCCAACAUAGAUUUUGGUCUAGAAGUCAGCAAGCAACGGAUCCUGUCUAGGCAAUUUCCAUUUAUCCCAUCUCACAUGACUGCCACAGAGAAAAUUCUCUAUUUGUCCUCAAUCAUCCCUUUCGAGAGUCCACUCAUGCUACGAGCCUUAGGAGGCCUUCUUAAAUUUCUAGACAGAAGAAGGGUUGGAGUUGAACUUGAAGACAGCAGUAUAGCAGUUCCUAUUUUGGCCUUUAAAAAAUUUGUGCUAUCAGAUACUGUGAAUAUGGACCAAGACACUUACUGUGUUCUGCAGAUAUUUAAAAGUGAUAUCCAUCCUUCUGUGUACAAGCUAUCCAGUGGACUAAAAGAAGGAUUUAGCUUAUUUGGAAUUUUAAACCGUUGCAGAUGCAAAUGGGGAGAAAAACUGCUGAGGUUGUGGCUCACACGACCUACCCGUAACGUGACAGAGCUGAACAAACGGCUGGAUGUUAUCAACUUCUUCCUGCUAGCUCAGAACCAUGAAACAGUCCUCACUCUUCAAAACUGCCUCAAGAAUAUUAAAAAUGUGCCUCUUAUUUUAAAGAGAAUGACUCUUUCCAACACAAAAGUUAGUGACUGGCACGCACUGUAUAAGACAGCGUACAAUGCAGUGUGCCUUAGAGAUACGUGUCGUUCUUUGCCCAACACUAUUGAACUUUUUCAGACUAUUUCACGUGUCUUCACUGAUGAUCUGCACUACAUUGCUAAUCUGAUCAGCAAAGUGGUAGACUUUGAAGGCAGCCUCUCCGAGAACCGCUUCACUGUUAGACCCAAUGUAGAUGCCACGAUUGAUGAGAAGAAACGAAAGCUGAUGGGACUGUCAGACUUCCUUACAGAAGUGGCACAAAAAGAACUAGAGACUUUGGACAAUCAUAUUCCCUUCUGUGCUGUAAUCUACAUUCCUUUGAUUGGGUUCCUUCUCUCCAUUCCACGGCUACCAAAUAUGGUGGAUAAGACUGACUUUGAAAUUGAAGGCUUGGACUUCAUGUUCUUGUCAGAUGAUAAACUGCACUACAGAAGUGCCCGGACCAAGGAGCUAGACAGCCUGCUGGGUGACUUGCACUGUGAGAUCAGAGACCAGGAAACACUCAUCAUGCACCAGCUGCAGACAAGGAUCUUGGAGAAGUCUGAAGUACUUAACAGCGUGAUCGAGUACACUGCGCACCUGGAUGUGCUGCUAGCCUUGGCAGCGACGGCGCGGGAGAACGCCUACUGCCGCCCUCGCUUUACUCACCGCCUCGGCUUCCACAUCAAGGACGGAAGGCAUCCGCUCAUGGAACUAUGUGCAAAGACUUUCGUGGCCAAUCCUGUGGACAGUGGUGAGGCUACCAGACGAAUAAAGAUCAUCACAGGGCCCAACUCUUCUGGAAAGAGUGUUUACUUAAAGCAAGUAGGUCUUAUAGUGUUCAUGGCUCUAAUCGGCAGUUAUGUCCCUGCAGCAGAGGCAGAGAUUGGAGUAAUUGAUGGGAUUUACACAAGAAUCCACAGUAGGGAAUCAGUUUCUGUAGGGCUCUCCACAUUCAUGAUUGAUCUUAACCAGGUUGCCAAGGCUGUAAACAAUGCCACAGAGAGGUCCCUGGUACUUAUUGAUGAGUUUGGUAAAGGCACCAACACACUGGAUGGCCUGUCCCUUCUGGCUGCUGUCCUGAGGUACUGGAUCAGACAAGGAACACAGUGUCCGCAGGUCUUUGUCUCCACUAAUUUUCACAGUUUAAUGCAGCUAGAUCUCCUGCCUGACACACCUCUUCUGGAAUACAUGACCAUGGAGACCCAUCAGGAUGGAGAGGAGUUGAUAUUUUUCUACCAGAUCAAACAGGGCAUGUCCACCAUUAGUCAUGCUGCCAAUAUUGCUGCAUUAGCAGGAAUGCCAGCCAAAAUUAUUGAAAGAGGAGUGGAAGUAUCAGAACUGAUUCGCAAUGGAAAACCUAUCAAAUGUCUUGAUUAUCCUUCAAAAUGUGAUAGGAUGGAAAAAUGCAAGUCUGUUGUGGAAAAGUUUCUUUGCAUAGACCUUGAUGAUCCCCAGGUGGACUUGGAAGAGUUCAUGUCUAAAGAGGUGUUGCCUUCUGCAGCCUCAGUCCUGUAGCAAGGGUAUGUGUAAAUACAUAGACUGCAUCAUAUCUGCCAUGGAAAGUCUGGUGCUUUAAAGAAUGAUCACUAUGCCAUGACACCUCACAGGACAUUUAGCUUAUAACAAACUAUCUGUGGUUAUGUCCUUCCUUCUUGUUUAAACCAAGUACUUACAUAUCCCUGCAAUAUGGUGUAUUGAUGAGUGUAUGAUGAGGAAGAAUUUUAAGAACCUCUUCCAGCUGUUGGGUCACUCAGUUCAUGUAUUUUCUGUCCCUGUUGCUGGAACCUCAGAUUAAAAAAAUACACUGCAGAAAAAUCACAACACAUUUCUACUGCUCUUAGAAGGCUAUUAAAGGAACGUGUUUAUUGUUUCAUAUUGUGCCAAAGUGACGGUUCCAGCCAUUUUAGAAUCAGCAUAAAAGAUUCCAAAUAAAUAUGUGGCUCAGACUCUUGUACCAACAAUUAAGAAUUGUCACGAUAAAAAACACUGAUAGAGAGGCUGGCAUAAGUGGCAAUGCAGAGGGAUUUAAUGGCUCUGUGGCUUUCUUAUACCAGCUUUUCUGUCCAAAUGCCAGAGAUCCCAGGAGUUAGUUAUAAAAGGAAUUCUGGUGGUCAGAUUUAGUUGGGACUGAUAAAUAAAAAUACCUUAGCUUUACUGAGAACUGUUCUCUUCUUUAAGGUUCUGUAUGAUACAGUUGUAUCAUGCAUACUAUGUGUCUGCGCCACACUGGUAUAAAGGCAAAAUUACAAAUCUAGGAAUUUAAGAGAGAAAUUCACAUUUCCUAUUCUAUUCUCAAUUAUUAACAUUUGAGGAUUAAUACCAGAAAGGGAAGAUUCCCUUUCACUUCUCUCAUCACAGUAUUUUAUGUAUGCAUAUGCAAGAAAAAUUCAUUAACAAAUUAAUGAUGCAAGAGCCAUAUCUAAACACUAUCAAAGCAAUAACCUUUCCUGCAGCCAAGCAAGUGCCUGAGAUUCCUCAUGUAAAUAAGAUAGAGGGGACAUUAGAUAACUUAUUGUCUGCCAAAACUUGCUCUAACCACUUACAUUAUGGCAAACAAAAGACAUACUACAUCUCUCAUCUAUGUCAUUUCAAGAAGCCAAAAAUAUUAAUGUCACAUAAACUGAGAGAAAAUUUACAUUUAAAAAAAAUUAAAUCCCUUCAUAAUUAUGAGUAUUGAACAUGUUAUCUGGUAUAUCUGGUUGAAGGUAGCAAAAAGAUGAGUAUCAGUAUACAUCAAAAAGAUCUGAAAUUGGAGAAACUGCUUUGGGUUUGUUCCAGUGUGGAAUUUCCUCCUUGACGAUAACGUAAACUAUUAUUAUUACCAAAUAAGUACCUUAUGCUAUUUCUGUAUGAAACUGGAAAGUGACAGAAGUUUAACAUAAUUAACAUUAAAAGAUACAAUGAUAAAUUACUGAAUUGUGCAUUUAAUGCUAUUUCCAGUGCAAUCAUAAUAACACUGUCUGCAUAAUAUCUGGUAUCAUUAUGAUGAUACCAUUGAAGUGAACGGCAACUGUGAAUCAGGCCUUGAACAAUACUCAGAAGUGUUGCAAAUACAAAUAUUUUUGUCAAUAGUAUAUUCUCUUUUACUAACUAUACAUGCAGCAUUUUAAAGAUACACCGUACAAAAGAAUAUAAUAUACAAAAGAUACAUGAUUUAUAAUUUUAGCAUUUUUUGUUGUCAACCACUGUCUAGGCUAGGGACAUACUCUGCACUAAUUAAGCAGAUGCCAUCAGAGCAAUUUAGAUGUCAGUCAUAUUCUACUUAUGAAAUUCAUUUCACAGCAUUUGCAGUUCUGACAGUAGUAGGUAUCAAAGCACCUUCAAACAUCAUACAGCAUUUAUGAAGUGCCUCACCACACACCCUGAAAUAAAUAGGAAUCUGGACAAAUGGAAGACACAGGGCUUGUGUCUGACUGGGGUCAAUUUAGGGGGUGAGUGAGGGAAGAAGGAACAGAAACAUUUAUCUUCAAAUGCAAAACUCCAGUUGCUUCUUUUAUUGUGCUUCAUUAGGUUCUUUGCAUAGAAGAUAAUGACACUAACCCAGGAUUCUUCUCAUUCAAAUAAUUCUGGAAAUAGCUGAACAUGAGCAAGUAAAUUAUAUCCCUUUGUCUCCUUCCACAAGGACAUCUAUAGCACAGUACACCUCCUGGUUUUAGGGAAGUGUUCAGUGGCACAUCUAAUCUGAGAAAUGUCCAACUAAGCAUGAAGAACAAGUUGGUCCCACUUCUGAGUAGGUAAAUAAGUCCUUUAAUUUGAGAAGCUGAAAGGGGUACAGCAAACCAGAUAGCUCUUUUCUAAUCCACUUUAUUUCACACUUCUAUCCUUUAUUAAUAUAUGUUUCCAAGUUUUUUAGAUUUACCAUUGUUAGCUUAAUGAUGUGCCUUCAAAGUGAAGACCUGAUUUCUUGAGAUCUUUACUAGUUCUGAAUUCUCAAACUAUUUGCUUUGUAAAUAUAGUUUUUCACUUUGGAAAACUUAAAAUCUCUACAGAAUAUAUAAAUUUCGAAAUGACUGCAGCUAUAUUAAGGUUUAAAAAACAGAUUUUUUUUUCCCCCCAAAAUAUAACUUUGGUGGAAUUUAGAUGUCAUUGAGAGGAGGGUGACUUAACAGAAUAUUGUUUCAAAUAAGGAGGCUUACAUCUAAAAAAUAAAUUAAUAUAGUUAUAUAAAGCUAUGGCUGAGAACUAUACUCAACCACUUCAGUACUAUAUGCUCUUUUAUAUGCUUUCUCAUGUAACCUUCAUCCACGUCCCUUUUCUUGCUUUUCAUAUUGUUGUAAGAUCUGAAAAUGCAAUUAGACAUUGUACUAAAAUGUACCGCCAAAUAAUUAUUCCUUUUAUGAUACAUAUUUUAUUUACUGUUUUCCAUAAAUGCAUGAAACUAUCUAACUUAACUGCAGGAACACAGUGAAAGAAAAAAUUAUAGUAAAGACUGAUGCUUAUGCCUCACACUGAAUUGGCUGAGAAAAAUAGACAGAUUUUUAAUACAUAGAACCUUUCUAUGCAGUAGAUCAUAUGCAUUAUCCAGCAUUAUGGAGGGCUCAGGAAGAUGAUUUGGAAUGACAUUGACCUGGUUCUGUCAGCAGCAGUGAAUAUCAGAACACAGAAAGGAUAUAUGCUGGCUAAUAUUUCAUGGAAGGUAGAUAAAUGUAAAUGAAACAACCAACCAGCUAAAAAACAGAAAAAAUACAGAAUAGCAAAAAUCCCACCCUGAUUAUCUCAGAUGUUUUAACCAGUUAGAUCACUGAACAGCUGAUAUUCUAGAAGAUCUGUGCAUUUUUACAAUUAGCAUUUUAAAAACCCAACUGUCAUUUCAAGCAAAAGCUUCUGUGAGUUUAAAAAUUUAAUAUCUAUCAUAUACCACCUGCAUCCUGUGGCUGUCUUUAUUUCUAUUUUAGAACAAGUACACAUACCCUCAAAUUUUCUUGAUGUAUCUCAGAUCUCACUACCUUCUUUCUACUGAUUUAAAAAUACUACUUAAUUAAAGCAUGCACCUUCAGCAUUUUCAAAUAUAUUUCUAAUUAAGCUUUAAAAUUUAAUAAUUAAACUUUAACCCACUAUUAAGGAAAAAAUCAACUUAAAAUAUUCAUUUUAUGUACUUUAAUUCUUAUUUAAAAUAUUUUUUCCAAAAAUUAUUUUCCUAGUUAAUGUUAAAGAAUCAUAUAAAACAUUCUAUAAAAUGUCAGUAAAAAAAUGUAUAGACAAUGUAUUUAACCUUGUGUUAAAUAAUACAGUACUACAGUUAAAUUAAAUUACAGCAUGAAAUAAAAAGGUACACUAGUAUUGCUUCUAUAUAUUUUAAUUACAGUUAUGUCCUAUUUUCAUGUAUUUGUGUAUUUUGUCAAAAAAACCCAAAUAAACAGGCAAGAAUUAACUGCCUGCAAGACAGAAUAUAGAAGAUAUAUUAAAUUACAUUAUAUACAUUUAUUAAUGUAAGUUUUCCUCAUUACUCUGAAAUUCACCAAAGCAUAUUCAGUAGGGAACUAACUGCCUACUAUGCAUAAUCCAAACAGAAAUUCUGCUGUUUAUGUGCUCAUUUUCUCCUAUACAGUAACAAAACUCAGCAAACAAACUGCCUGCAUACAAUCUACCCCCUAAUGGGAGUUCUGCAAUUCUGAACAAGUACUUUUAUCUUUUGGUCUUGCCUAAUUUCCCAGCAGAAAACAGACCAUGAUAUUACUGCACUGAAAAUAUCAAGAGUGGUAAAUUACAGUACAGAAUUGCUUAUACAGCAGACACAUUAAUUAUUUCUUUAAAAACCAAGUAUUAAAGUCUUACCUCUUCAGCUGGUUGCAAAGUAGCAAAUAUGAUGCUACAGCAUAAACAACACUGUCCAUCUCCAAAUUAAACUUUCUAGAUUGCUGCUGAGCUGCGUGAAAUGUGGGCUCACCUGCUUACGUAGCUCUGUUGAUUUUGACAACUUCAUGAAGGUCAGAUGUGGUUUAAAAACUCUUUCUUCUCCUGCCAUGAUCCCCUUUUCUUGAAAUAUCUUUGUCAUAGUCUCUGACAGGAGGAGAAAAUUACAUAAAUACAAAGAUAUUACAAAAUAUAAUGCUUAAAAUGUGCUUUCAAAUGUAAUUUUAGUCAUGGGUCCUUCACAUGAAAGAAAUAAGAUGAUGCGUACAAAAAGGCAGGAAGAUUUCUACUUAAUUUCAAAGGUACAUAUUAUUUCUUCAGAGGUAUAUAUUAUUUCAUGUGAAAAUGGAUAUAAUAUUUCAUGUGAAAUAUCUGCAGUUAGUAUCAGUUAAAUAAUGGCAGUUAGAAAGCUUUUCAUGCUGUCUGAUUUUGCUAUCAAAAUAGAAACUCAACAUCAGCAAUGUUGAGGAGUCACUCUCAAUAGAAGUGUGGGAAACUUCAGGAAAACUCUGAGUAUGUAACAGAAUUCUCAAUUCAAAAACAGUAUUAUGUGGUGAAUUCUAUUAUCUCUGUUUGUGUAAUCUCCCACUCAGACCAAAGGAAAUUUGGAAGUGAAAGCUCCAGGUUUGGGCACUGGAUUUACAAGCCAGCAUUAGAGAACAUGUUAGGUGUGCUGAUGAUUCUUGCUUGGGUUUUAAGGCUUCACUGUUGCUUUCUGAGCUAAUUGCCUACUUUUAAUGUACUUUUUCCUACUUUUAUCUGUUUACAGUUCAGGCCAAAAUCACUCAACAAUACUGACCUAGUUUACUAUUUUUCAACUCAUCUGCCCAAUGUAAUGUUUAAUGUCUUGGAAAUAAAUUUCAGUGUAACUUCUGAAUUAUGUUCUAUGGUUUUUUUAGAUUAAAUACUUUCAACAUUAAAAAUUUCUGUUUGAAAAAAGGUUUAGAUGAAAUUGUAAAAACCUGUGGUAAAAUACUACUGGCAAGUAGUGUAUUUCUAUUGCUGAAAACCAGAAAAAAUGCAAAUCCUUAAGCUUUUUAUUUCUUUACAAGUACAACUUCUAAUUUUUCACUAGGCAUAGGUCUAGCUCACUCAUACAAUCAAACUAAAAUCAAAAUAGGGGAAAAAUUAUCAAUCCUAUCACAUAAAUUUAAUCAACCCUUAAAAAAAAUGUACGUUCACUUAAAUAUAUUAUUUUUUGCUUCAACAGUCCUUUUUCUGACACCUGGAAGAAACAGUAUCACAUCAGGAAGCAAACAACACAAAUACAGCUGACCUACUUGUAUUAUUUUAAAUUUUGUCUGUGGGAGACAUUUCUACAUUUACACUGAAUCCCCACUGAACUUUGUGGCUCCUGUAUUCCCUUCUCUGUGCAGCACAAUUUGGGAUUGAUGUUGAUGUUCCAGCAAAGGGUAAAUCUUAUCAGACCCAUGUUUACACUACCAUGUGAUGUUCUGACUCAGUCUUGUGCAUAGCAGUCUUUUUUUUUCCCCCCUUUGAAAACUCCUUUUUAUUUCUGCCAUCACAUCUUAGGCCAUUCAGUCUUAUCUGACACUCUGCAGUUAGGAUCUGUGCUGAUGAAGAUUUGCACCUCUCCAGGUGUCCCCUCCUAACUCCAGGAAGAGCUUACUAUCAGAGCAGAGGUUUGCCAAUGUGCCUGUGAUCACGGGACUGCAAACCCAGGGAUGUCAGCAGGACAGACCAAUCCCACCCAAUCCUCACACAGUGCUGUGACUGGGACAGCUGGGCACCUGCACUUUCCCCUGCUGAACAGAACCACCAGCCUGCCUGUCUUCGUUUUGUGUAAAAUAGCUUUGUUCGAUACCUGUUCGAUUUAUCUUUCCAAAAUCCUCUUUCAUACCUGGCAAUUCCAAUCAAGAAAAAGCAAUGAAAACCUGGGUCAGAAGAGAAAAGCACGCAGAGAGAGACUGCAGUUUUAAACUUAACAGUUUUACUUGUGUAGGUGUGUGUCUACACAUGUUCUCAGGGGCAUCAGAUUUCUUGCACAGCUUUGUCAUGACACAGACAUACUAAACAUCACAGGCUCAAGACAUUGGGCUUGCUGGGACUACAGAUAGCCCCAGUUUUGUAGAAUUUAACAUGUACAGAAAGUGUGAUGUUACUGGUUAAGGCAGUUUAUAAUUAACACAAUGCUUCCUUCUUCAAAAAUAAUGAAAACUAGAACAAAAUCUAAGUGGAGGAGAAAAAAAGAAAUAAAAUGUUUUCCUGAGAGCACAGGAAGGUUACAAGAUAAUGUAAUGCUAUUAAUAUCCAUGAAGCUCUUUGAAGAAGUGGCUACAAGAAGGGAUUUAACAGAAACUGGAAAGGACAAGUGGAUGCAGCGGGCAAGAGAAAGUUCUAGGCUUGUGAGACAGCAUAAAAGUGGAUUUGUCGACUGGCAAAUACACAAAAGUUAAAGUUUAUAAUGGAGAUUACCCAAACUGAAAGAAAUUAGAGGCCAGUGAUGAGAAAAAUAGACAGACAGUGCCCAGGAGUCUUGACAAAUGAGUAGUCUGCAUCUUUCCUCCAGACAUUAUUACUACUUAGAUUGAAAAAUCAAACAAAAUCUAUGUUUUCCUUUAUUAGCCUCAGGCUGACUGAUGUUUGCAGCUUCAAAGUAUACCCUAGAAAUGUUGAAGUUAUUUUUACAAGCUCAAUGACUUCCUGGAACAAGUUUUUGGACAGCUUUCAGACUGCCUUUCAUGCAGUUUGAAUUACUCUGUAAUAUCAUUUUGUGCCUCAUUUUUAUAAUGUCAAAAUUACUGAAUGUCAUCUGCCUUUUACACUGGAUGCAGCUGAAUCCAUUAGACAACUCUUUCCCUCUAAUUAGAAUAGAAAUGUGAUAUAUGAAGCUUACUCAGAACCACUUUACAUGGCAAAAGCUCAAAAAUCCAACAGCUAGAUCCAUACAGAACAAUUCAUAGUAAAAUUGCUUAUUGAGCCAUAUUCUGUAAUACAAAUGGCCAUCUUCUUUCCAAAGACUUCAUUAGAUAUAGAAGCCUGCUACAUAUGUAUGUUUAUUUCCAGGCUAUUAAUUUCUGCUUGUCUCAAAACCAUGUUCCUUCAAUUAAAAGGUUUGUAAUUUAGAAACA